AGUCAAGGGAUAUGGGGAGAAGGCAGGCACGGGUUAUUGAUAAGGGAAGAUCAGCCAUGAUCACAAUGAAUGGCGGUGCUGGCUCGAAGGGCCAAAUGGCCUCCGCCUGCACCUAUUUUCUAUGUUUCUAAUGUCAUCAUAACUGAAAUCUCUUAUCUUUGAAACACUAUAGUAAGUCAUUUCCACUCUUCCUUUCUAGUGUCUUCAUUUUCAUCCUAAUGUGCGGUUUGGGGUGUACUGCUGCAGUUGUAGCACAACCAUUGUAUUAUCAUGCAAGGUUACUUCCUUGCUUCUGGAGUUUGUUAGCGAUACAAGACAUUGGUGAGGGCACAUUUUGAAUAUUAUGUUCAGUUUUGGUCACCCCGUUAUAAAAAAGAUAUUGUUAAGCUGGAAAGCGUGCAGAGAGGAUUUACGAGGAUGUUGCCAGGACAUGGCCUGAACUACAGGGCGAGGUUGAAUCCGCUAGGACUUUAUUCCUUAGAGCAUAGGAGAAUGAUGGAUGAUCUUAUAGAGGUGUAUAAGAUCAUGAGAGGAAUAGGUAGGGUAAUUGCACAGUAUUUUACCCAGAGUAAGCGAAUCAAGAACCAGAGUACAUGGCUUUAAGGUGAAGGGGGAAAGAUUUAAUAGGAACCUGAAGGACAACUUCUUUACACAAAGGGUGGUGGGUGUAUGGAAUAAAUUGCCAGAGGAGGAAGUUCAGGCAUAUCACAAUACAUUUGGACAGGUACAUGUUUAGAAGGAUGUGGGCCAAAUGCAGGCAAGUGGGACUAAUGUGAGCAGCUUGGGCUGAAUAGCUUGUUUCUACACUGUAUGACUCUAUACAGCAUGUAAACAGGCAUUUUGGCUUACUGGGUCUGUGUCAACCAUAGAAACAUAGAAACAUAGAAAUUAGGUGCAGGAGUAGGCCAUUCGGCCCUUCGAGCCUGCACCGCCAUUCAAUAUGAUCAUGGCUGAUCAUCCAACUCAGUAUCCCGUACCUGCCUUCUCUCCAUACCCCCUGAUCCCCUUAGCCACAAGGGCCACAUCUAACUCCCUCUUAAAUAUAGCCAAUGAACUGGCCUCGACUACCCUCUGCGGCAGAGAGUUCCAGAGAUUCACCACUCUCUGUGUGAAAAAAGUUCUUCUCAUCUCGGUUUUAAAGGAUUUCCCCCUUAUCCUUAAGCUGUGACCCCUUGUCCUGGACUUCCCCAACAUCGGGAGCAAUCUUCCUGCAUCUAGCCUGUCCAACCCCUUAAGAAUUUUGUAAGUUUCUAUAAGAUUCCCUCUCAAUCUCCUAAAUUCUAGAGAGUAUAAACCAAGUCUAUCCAGUCUUUCUUCAUAAGACAGUCCUGACAUCCCAGGAAUCAAUCUGGUGAACCUUCUCUGCACUCCCUCUCCUUCCUCAGAUUUGGAGACCAAAACUGUACGCAAUACUCCAGGUGUGGUCUCACCAAGACCCUGUACAACUGCAGUAGAACCUCCCUGCUCCUAUACUCAAAUCCUUUUGCUAUGAAACCAUCAACCAACUUCUACCCUAACCCACUAUUCUGAUAUUGGAGGACACAUAGCUCUGAGCCAGUUACUGUAUGUUAAAUGUUCACAUUUUUAAAACUAAAAAGUUACAAUCGCUCUAAAUAAUCUUUAUGUGAUAAGAAUCAAAACAUCAGUUAUCUUUCAGGUCAUGUUGUCAGAACAAGAUGCAAGUCGAUUCCCAGCUGGAUUCCAUUUGAUUGUAAUCACUUAAUUCAUAUUAUGGACUCUAAAUUUAAAUAUGAGUGGGGGGAGAAAUAUUCAAUCCAAACCAUUUCCAGGAGUCUUUAGAUGCAGCAGGGAAACAAGUCCUUUGGCCCACCGAGUCUGCAAUGACCAGCAAUCACCCCGUACACCAACACUUAUCCUACACACUAGGGACAAUGUAUUUAUUUACCCACUUUUCCAUUGAAAAUGGAAAUGAAAUAAAGCCUAUAAAUUGUUAACAUUUCAGGUGGGUUUAACAGUUCCCAGUCACAAAUCAGUAUUAAUCCUUCAGGCAUCACCCAAAUCCCUUAUUAAAAUUCUUCCCUUGUAAUUCACUCCCCCUCCUCAUCAGUUAUUCUCAGUGCAACUUCCUAGAAAGAAUGCAUUUUUCUUUUGCCUUUCAGAAUGAGCCCAGCCUAUGAGUUACCAGUCUCCUUCCUUCAGCAGGGCGACACCAUAACUGUCUGGUUGCUCUGUGAGGGGCAGGUUAGUGAGAACAGUUCGGUUGGCAGUGUGUGUGUGUGUGUGUCCCUCUGCUUCGCCAGUGUACCUCCAGUGACGCAUGGAACUUGCUGGUGGUCUAAUGCCAGCUUGUGAUUCUGGGGAUUUCCCCUUUCAAACCUGUGAAACAAAAAGCGAAGUGCAGGCUGAGACAGUGCGAGUGACAGAAGACCAGCAACCGGCAGGAACUGGACCUGCAGCUAACGACAGACAGCAAGAGCGGAGAGGCAACGACGCAUUCGCUUGCUGAAGGGGGUGGUCUCAAUGUAGCGGCGGCAGGCGAUCAGACCAGCGACACACACGUACCGAGGGGUUUGAUAUCGGGGCUCGCCCCUUUCUCUCAACAGCUAGGGGUCAAUUCUACAUUCCCCGUACAAUCCGUUGAAUCCAUACAUGGCGAUUAGCGUGGGUCACUCCAGGUGAAUCCAGGCACAGUGAAGAACUGGUGCUGAAGAGAUUGAAAAUUCCAUGUUUAAAACCAUCUUUAAAAGUCCAUAAUCUGAUUAAAUCUACUUUGGAAUCGCAGUUUGGAAUUCUGAAAGAUAAAAGCGCAUCAAAAAAUGAAUGAGAAUAAUUCACUUUUGUUUAACUCAACUUCAAAUUCAACCACUUCUUACGCUACAGAUGAAGAUAAUGAAAUUGAUUGUGGUGAUAGGAUCUUGCUUAUGGAAUCCUUCAUGAUCCUCACAGAAAGCCAAAAGAAAGUCGUUGCCGUGCUGUGUUUAACAGUGGGGCCAUUUACUGUGUUGGAGAACAUCUUAGUUUUAUGUGUGAUACUCUUCACUCCACAUCUCCGAAGUCGACCCUCUUAUUUAUUCAUUUCUAGCCUUGCAACUGCCGACCUCAUGGCAAGCAUUAUAUUUGUUUACAGUUUUGUUGGCUUCCAUGUCUUUGGGCACAAGGACAAUAAUAACAUCUUUCUGUUUAAACUAGGAGGUGUCAUUGCAUCAUUCUCAGCUUCAGUGGGCAGUUUGCUACUCACUGCGAUUGACAGAUACAUAUGCAUUCACAAGCCAUCUGAAUACAGGACAAUUUUAACAAUGAGGAAAGCAGUGAAAUGUCUUUUAGUUUUGUGGUCAGUUGUUAUUUCGAUAGGUUUAUUACCUUUGAUGGGAUGGAAUUGCUGUGAUUCACAUUAUAAGUGUUCUGAGCUAUUUCCUUUAGUUGAUGAAACCUAUUUAAUUUCCUGGAUCAUGCUUAUUACCUGUCUGUUAGUUUUAAUAAUUUAUGCCUACAUACAUAUUCUCUGGAAGGCCCAUUUCCAUUCAGUCCACAUGGAAAAACAGAAAGAAGGAAGGAAAAGUCAAUCAAAAUUGGGCCACACACGCAUAGACAUUAAACUUGCCAAAACACUAGGUCUAAUAUUAAUCAUUUUAAUUACUUUUUGGUCUCCAGUCUUGGCUAUAAUGACUUUUGAUAUAUUUGCGACGGUAAGCAAAGGUACCAAAAAGGUCUUUGCUUUUUGCAGCAUGUUAUGUUUGCUAAAUUCGACUUUGAAUCCAAUUGUGUAUGCACUAAGGAGCAAAGACAUGCGCAGUAUACUCAUAAACAUCAUGGCUGGGUGCAAGAGGCAGUCGCCAUCUCUGGAGAACAGCGUGGCAUCUGAUGGACACAUCAAAAGCAACACUGCAAGCACGACUAUGUUUUCAUCAUUUGAUAAAUGCAGCCUUGACAUUUCGGAAAAUGGUACCUCACCAAAUGCAGAUAAGUGAAAUAUUUGAUUGCUGGGAUAAAAACUUUCAGAACAAAACUUUACGUACAGAGGAUGAGCAACCAGCUGAUGCUACUUAUUGGGAUCCACGUGGCUGGAGAUUUCUUUCAAGUGAACACUUUACAAGGCAUCAAGUGAACCCAAUUCAACUACUGAUAGAAUUUCUAUGUACUAAUACUUCAAACAUUACAGUAUUUAAGAAUCACGUUUGCCAACUUUACUGCAAGAAAAUAUUACUAGAUACUCAAGACUUUGGUGCCCGUUUCAUCAACAUUUCAAAAUGUGAAUAUUCGGCACGGACUUGUAGGGCCGAGAUGGCCUGUUUCCGUGCUGUAAUUGUUAUAUGGUUAUAUGAAUAGUCCCUUUUCCCAUUCAUUACCAAAGAGCUUUGUAUAUGCAUGAUCAUGGUUUGUAAAUACUCCAAUGGAUUUCUGCAGAGUUAGUGCAAUAAACAUCCUGGCAAAAUAAUCUUAGAGGUAACACCGAUCAGACUCGGAUUUGGGAAACUCAUUAAAAUUUCUCAUUGGAUCGUAGUUGCACAUUGCAAACAAUAAUCUGCAAAUUAUAUAUUCUCAUCAUGUUGAAACAAGUCUACUGAGUCAAACCAGAAGAGCUGAUAACUACAUGACCAUUUUAUGAGGAUAUAUUUUUGUAUGUAGCUAUAGUUUUGUUGUUUGGUAAUACAAGAAAUAAUGCAAAGAAAUAAUCUGUAAAGUUUCACAAUUUAAGAUUUAAACUUAACAAAACCAGAAAACACUGGAAACAUUCAGAAUCUACGUAAAGAGAAACAAAGUUACCAUUUCAGGUCUAAAUCCCUUCAUCAGAACUGGUAAAGAGAGAAAAGCAAGUUCAUUUUAACUCCCAGGAAAGAUGGGAGAAGGACAUAGGCAACAUCUGUAAAAGUGUGAGGCUAGGGUUUCUGGAAGGAUAAAUUGUAGAGUUCCUCUGGUCAUUUGAUUAAUCGGUAUAGUUAGAGGAUGAUAAAACACACAAAGAAGUGAAAAAUGUUGUGAGAUGUGAAGCAAGUUACCAGAAAUUGUAGAAUUUGAAAUGCAGAAGACUGCAACACGCCCAGACAGAAGAUAAGGUGCUGCUCCUCAAGACAUCACUCUUUAUUUUGUAACUAUUUAUUCUUCAUUGUUUGUGUUAUGGUACUCCUAUGCCCCCAUUAACCCAUUGACUGAAAGAUCUCUGCAACCCAUUUCUAUGGCAUCCUUAACCUACCCUAUCAUUUAUGUUCUUGAUGUUCUAUUCCUUCUCCCACCUUCCCAACAUAGAAACAUAGAAACAUAGAAAUUAGGUGCAGGAGUAGGCCAUUCGGCCCUUCGAGCCUGCACCGCCAUUCAAUAUGAUCAUGGCUGAUCAUCCAACUCAGUAUCCCGUACCUGCCUUCUCUCCAUACCCCCUGAUCCCCUUAGCCACAAGGGCCACAUCUAACUCCCUCUUAAAUAUAGCCAAUGAACUGGCCUCAACUACCCUCUGUGGCAGAGAGUUCCAGAGAUUCACCACUCUCUGUGUGAAAAAAGUUCUUCUCAUCUCGGUUUUAAAGGAUUUCCCCCUUAUCCUUAAGCUGUGACCCCUUGUCCUGGACUUCCCUAACAUCGGGAACAAUCUUCCUGCAUCUAGCCUGUCCAACCCCUUAAGAAUUUUGUAAGUUUCUAUAAGAUCCCCUCUCAAUCUCCUACAUUCUAGAGAGUAUAAACCAAGUCUAUCCAGUCUUUCUUCAUAAGACAGUCCUGACAUCCCAGGAAUCAGUCUGGUGAACCUUCUCUGCACUCCCUCUAUGGCAAUAAUGUCCUUCCUCAGAUUUGGAGACCAAAACUGUAUGCAAUACUCCAGGUGUGGUCUCACCAAGACCCUGUACAACUGAAGUAGAACCUCCCUGCUCCUAUACUCAAAUCCUUUUGCAAUGAAAGCUAACAUACCAUUCGCUUUCUUUACUGCCUGCUGCACCUGCAUGCCUACCUUCAAUGACUGGUGUACCAUGACACCCAGGUCUCGCUGCAUCUCCCCCUUUCCCAAUCGGCCACCAUUUAGAUAAUAG